CUAGAACCAGGAACCAAUGAUACUCCUAAGGAUGAUAUCGUGCGACCAAAUGGAGUUGGGGUAGGAGAAUAUUUCGGGGAGCAAGACUGUAUCAAGCGAGAAUACCGGGGGGAUUACUAUGUUCCCAGCUCUACCGAGACAUACUCAGACGCUAAGAGGGUCUGUGAGGAGAGAAACAUGCGUCUUGCAAAUGUUUGGGAUGAAGAGACCAACUCCAGGAUCCGCAACCUUGUCUUGAACCGUGUGCCCGUGUCUGGAUACGUACUCGCCACCAUGGGAGAACUCUCGUGGUUUUGGGUGGGUCUGGAGGUGGAAGAGAACAAGUUGAGGUGGCAGCCAGGAGGAAAUCAGACAUCUUACGAGAACUUUGUGUCUUACUACAAGAGGAUGGGAUAUUCUGAUGGAAAUGAUGUUCUAGCAGUCAGUAAAGUGGACGGAAGUUGGGAAUGGAAGAACCCUGCAGACAAGUACAUGUUCAUUUGUGAGGACGAUAAGUGGGAGUGUGCCCUGAGCAAGGAGCUCGGUGCUAACGACAUGCCCUGUGUUGGAUCAGAGUAUGAAGAGCAGAUCCUCUACACCUACGACCUGCACUACAGAUCCUUCGAGGAGGCCCGGGACCAGUGCUUGGAGGAGGGCCUAGUCCUGGCUAGACCACAGAGUCUGGCUGAAAACGAGGCAUUGCGAAUGUUUGCGGAGGAACAUUACCCUCUGCCUCUCUCUGUUAAGAGCAACCCUACUAAUAAGGAAAACUGGAUCUGGAUAGAUGUAGAGGAUGUAGAAGUGGAAGGAGUGUACAGGGCCACUAACGGAGACCGGGUGGACUGGUUCAACUGGGGAACAGACCAACCUGACAAUCGCUACCCUAGACGGGGAGGCCAAGACAGGGUGAGUCUCAAUAAGAACACUGGAAAAUGGUUCGAUGUCUUCGAGGAGCGCAGAUUCCAACAUGUUUGCCAAGAAAAAGUGUGGCAGUGCGCAUCAAAGGAGUUGUCUCCCACAGAGGAAGUAGUGACUGUUCCACCUACUGAAGGAUCAGGGUUAGCGUUCAUUGAGCGACCCAGCUCUUAUAUGGCUAACAUUGGGAGUCGAGUCACCUUCACGGCUAAAUACUUACCUGAAAGUAGUAACGUGAGGUGGAGUGUGGGGGGUAAGAUAGUGGGAGGACGGAACAAGGAACAGAGCAGGAUAUACCAGAACGAGGAUGGCAGUCUGGUAAUACAGGGAGUUCAGGAGAAGGACGCGGGUGUUAUCAGUUGUAUCCUCUUCACUGGAGAUAACGAACUGAUAGCUAACAGCGCUUUGAACAUAGGUGGGGCUGUUAUAUUUAUAUCGAUCAUGAUCCCAUGGUAA